UUUACUUGGGCCGUGGCUCAUCCGGUCUCUGAGUGAGUUGAACUUAACCUUAAUCUUGUGGCCCGCCAACCAGCUGCGUGGGAGGAGCAGUCGCGCGAAGAGCCAUUCAUGAGUCCAGCACACGCUUGUGUUUGCAGACUUUUGCAAGCUGCGUGUCAUUACCCCAGAACAUGGAGGCAAACCGCCUUAGUCUGGGCCGGACUCCUGCACGCCCGGCCAUGGCGCUGCUAACCCUGCUGCUGCUAGCAUCCACCGCACUCCUGCCGCCCGUGGAGGUGGCGGCGACGGCCGCCGCCGCAGCAGCGGGACCAGGCUCAGCGGCCGCACUAGCGGCGGCAACGGGCGCGGCCCCGCUGCAAGCACUGGAGGUGCCUGUGGGGAAACCCAACGUCACGCGCAGCGAGUGGAACGAGUUCCUACGGGACAACCUAGAAGCGGACCUGGCGGUCUGGAGACAGCGCUCCGAGCAGGCACUGGCGGCGGCGAGACAGCCAUUUCCAUCGCCAUCAUCCCCGCCCCUGAACAGCAGCGGGCAGCAGUCGCUGCAACAGCUGCUGCUGCGCGGGCCGCACCGGCCGGCGCCCCGGCGGCGCGGCGGGCUGCUGGCCCACACCACCCUGCAGCUGCACGCCGACCUAAUGGCGCGACUGAACCUGCCGUCGGUGGUCAAACUGGUGCUCGUGUACAAUAACAAGUUUUACUUCCCGUUGCGGACGGACGACGUGACCAAUCGAGAUCCGCCCAAGCCCGUGAACCCACACAUGGCCACCUUUGUGUCCCGCCUGCAAGAUCUGAUGGACACCGGCAAGCUGCGCCUGCCCAACGUGCUAUUUGUGCUCAACGUAGACGACAACGACAUGCGCAUGUGUGCGCCCGCGCGCAAGUGCCCCGCGCCGCUGCUGAGCCUGAUCAAGACGGUGCAGGGGCCGGGCGGCACCGGCGGCCCACCCGACACCGACGUGCUCCUGCCGCAGCUGCUGUUCAGCUCCGGCGGCGCCAUGCACUUCUACCCCUGGCAGCUAAAGCGGGACGUGGCCUUCUUCCGGGGCAUGCCGUACUGCAGCUUCGCCUGGUGGCGCAAGUUCCCCCCGGGGCUGUGCGAUAACCCCUGCCCCCGCGCCUACCUGGCAUACCGCAGCCACGCCGAUCAGAAGGCCGGCCGGGCUUUCUCGUACCUGGACGUGGCGCUGACGGACGCGCUGGAGGAGAACAUCACGUGUAUUCCCGACCCGCCGCCGCCCGCCGCGCACGUGCCGCUGUCCUGGCACGCCCACCACCGCUACCUGCUGCACCUGGAGGGGUACACCGCCAGCAGCCGCCUGGCGCAGCUUUUCCACAUCAACUCGCUGGUGUUGCUCCAGCGACAGCCCUUUGUAGAGUACUAUUACCGGUCGCUGCGCCCCGGCGUCCACUACGUGCCGUUCUGGAACACCACAUCUCGCUUGAUCGACGACAUAUACGACGUGGUCGACGAGUGGCGUGCGCGGGAGCGGGCGGACCCCACCUCCAUCCAGCGCAUCAUCCGGGAGGGAAACACGUUCGCCAUCAAGUUCUUGGGCUUCGCCGCCCAGGUGCGGUACGUGCGGGACGCCGUCAUGCGGUACAAGUCCCUGUUCGCUGACAUGGAUGAAUACAUUGCCGACAUGGUUGAAGACAUGCGCGCGCGCGGGUUCUUCUAGCCUGGCAGGCUGUGGGAUGGGGUGCAAUGGUGCUUGACCGGGGCAUGCCGGGCGGGGUGAAAGUGCAGUAUGUGUGUUUGUGUGUGAGUGUGUGUGUGUAUGUGUGUGUGUGUGUGUGUGUGUGUUAAAAAACGAAACGAAAGUGUGUGUAUGUGUGUGUGUGUGUGUGUGUGCGCGUGUGAAGCGCGCGAACACGGAAGGGCUCGGGACGCGAAUUGGGAGGCCCGGCCUGUGUGUGGGUGGCGGAGGGCGCCGCGAACUGCGUUUGCUGCUGGGAAUGGCAGCAGCUGGGGGCAUGCACGGGGGUAGCUGGUGGACUGAGCACUGUGUUUGGAGCGAGCGGCGUAUGCGUUGCCCAGAGCAUUGUGUUAUAUACGGUGGCUGCUGCUGUCAAGUAAAGCCGCAUGUGAACUGGCAUAGGUGCGGGCACAGACGGCACAUGCAAGAUACUGAACUGCAGAUUUCUUGAUUCAUGAUGAACAGCGGGGUUGCUUGUUGGACUAGAGUCUAGAGAGAU